CCAUUUGAAAAGCUGCUGUUCAAGAUAAAACAUUGCGCGGGCGAAAACAGUAUGGCGACGUUCAGCAGCUCAAAGCUUGCUUCGAAAACAGCUAUUUCUUGGUUCGAGUUCUUGUUUGAUACAACAGGAGAUUUGUUGAAAAAACACUUAGGGGAAGCAUCAGCAGAACCUUCAGCCACACAACUCAUUGUUCAAUUUCUGGAACACUCUGGGUUGGUCAACAAUAAUGUGGGUGCUGCUUCUGAAACUCCUCCAACUGAAAACAGAAGAGUACAACGCCUCUGUCACUUAGCUUUAAGGAUUGGAACACAUCUGCAGUGGAAUCUGGAAAUUUUGGAAGAAAAUCUUUCUCUUCAAUGGCAAAGCAUUUUGUUGGGUGAACUCAUAAAGAGAACCCCAGGAUUAGAUGAGGUGCUUAAGAGUGAUACAGAUAUCAGUAAACUGGACAAAAAACAUGCAAUGACUCUCAUAAUUUACUAUAGAUGGUUGGUUAGGACUCUGUCUCAGCAUUUUCUUCCUAAUGUUGAAAAACCUACCAAUAAUGGUCUUACAGCUGACAACUUGGCAAAUGAAAGCAUUCUGAAAAAGGUAAGAAAAACUACCUUAAAAAAAGGGUCAGUGGGUCAGUGGGGACAGGGAACAUACAAGUUUUGA